UCGAUGCGUCCAUUCAGUGCGCAAGCGCAAUCCCACUUCCUUUUUGUAGCUGCCAUUUGUGAUUGCACAAAACACGUGAAACAAUGCAGUUGUUUGUACGAGGUAGCGAGACUCAUGCCUUGCAGUUGGCAGGAAACGAAACUGUGUCCGACAUCAAGAACUUGAUUAGCGAGCGAGAGGGGUUUCCAGUUGAGGAACAGAUUAUUCUGUAUGCUGGCAAACCACUUCAGGAUGAGUACGAACUGACUAAACUUAAUGACUUGUCCACCCUGGACAUUGAAGUCAGAAUGCUGGGAGGUAAAGUCCACGGCUCUCUUGCUCGUGCCGGAAAAGUCAAGGGACAGACCCCAAAGGUUGAGAAACAAGAGAAGAAGAAACAGAAGACAGGAAGGGCCAAGAGACGCAUGCAGUACAACAGAAGAUUUGGAGUUGUCGUGUCUACAUUCGGUCGCAGAAAGGGACCCAAUGCCAACUCCUAAAAUGUGUUUAUUUCAAAAACUGGAUUAAAAUCAUGUUGUAGCUGU